AUGGUCGUCCUCACGCCCCGUUUCACUCUCCUCGCUGGCCUUGCGUCCAUCGCUGCACUCUCUGUUUGUCCUGCACCUGCUGCUGGCGCUGCCAUCGAGAUCCGUUCUCACCACGAUUCGGACUCGUCAGCCCCCUCGGCUACCUCGACAGCCUCGACCUCCUCGACCACUUCUCAUCACUCCACUCAUACCAGCCAUUCACACUCCUCCGAUACGACGACUGCUUCUGCUAAUGCGUCGAGGUCAUCCAAAGUGGCGCUCUACCCCAAGCCGACUCUCCCUCUUCCGGCGCUCUUUGCUGCGAAGAAGGUCAGCCAGUCGUCAUCAGCUGGUGAUGGUAAGGAGGUAUCCAAGGGCGAGAAGAAGACCGUUCAAUCUUCGUCGCACCAUGGCUCCAAGAUGGGUGAGGAUAACAAGGGGGGGAAACACCAUAAAGACAAGAGAGCCCCUUGGGACCCCCUCGAUCCUCUCCUCCAGGUCGGCGGUAUCUGGAUCGGAGAUCGUCCCAAUGCCGCCCCUCAACAGCAGACGCAGAAGGAAGAGGUUCACGUUGAAGCGGGUCCCCACUCCUACGAGUAUGAGAUGCUCGAGAAGAGGCACCGUCAUGGCCAUGACAAAGUUGUCGUCAAUGGUAAUCACGACCGUGUGCAUGUGCGCCGUUCUCCCUCGCCCGAACCGCACCACCACCAUGAUGGCCACGACAGGGUGGUGGUCAAUGGUGACAACGACAACGUGCACGUCCGUCGUUCGCCAGAGCCGCACCAUCGUUGGGACCAUGACCAUACCAAGGUAGUUGUCAACGGUGACAACGACCACGUCCACGUUCCAAGGGAGCCGCACGACCACGACCGCCAUGGUCACGACAAGGUGGUCGUGAACGGUGAUCACGAUCAUGUCAACGUGCACCGGAGGGAUCGUGACUCGUCGAUCUACGUGUCCAGCGAGCAUGGCGACUCGUAUAUUAUCGCUCAUGCUCGUAGUGACGACGAUGUCAAUGUCAGUGCCAACGUCCGCGUGUACGGUAGGUAUCAGGAUCAUGACGGCGACCUCGACGCUACUGUCCAUGUUCGCGUCAAGCGCGAUGAUGGAUCGAUGCAGGGCGUUCAAGGCUCAAUCGACAUCAUGAGUCUGGUGGCGAAUUCUACCAUGGCCCAGAAGAUUGCAUCGCUUGUUCUCUCCCAGCCGGCAGACAAUAGUACGAGCGGUUCCAAUUCCACUACGAACUCGACGAGUUUUGUCCUCAACGCGUCAGGCUCAGCUCAGACUCAGAUUUUCUUGACCGCCGCCCCCAGCAAUAUGUCCAACUCUACGAACGCCACUGUACCGGACGGCUCGUCGUUCCACAGGGUCACGCUGCAGAUACCGAUGUUCGAUGCGGAAGAGGCAGCGAUAAGGCCCUAUUGCGCGACGUUCGACCCAAAUCCACCUGUGCCGUCUCCUCUCACAGUGGAGAUCUGCAUGGAAGGCAGCUCCGACGACCCGCACAAGAGCCAGAUCUUCGCGUUUGACCCUUUCACCAAUAGCCUCCGCCCGCUGUUCACGGAGUACGACGCGUCUAAUGGCCUGAACACGACCGCAUCGGCAUCUAUUGCUCCUGCUGCUAAUACCUCGAGCUCAGCUUCCAACGCGACCUUGACCACUAGUACGGCGCAGAGCACGGCAACGCCAGCGAGCGAUAUGACAACGGGCGUGGCAGAUCUGUCCUCGGGGACGGCGCUGGAUGAGGAGUAUGGCGACGCCACGCGCCCUCCUAGCCGCGCAGCGUUCGUGAACACGUUCGAUGCGACUCCCGGAGCGGGAUUUGCGCGUAAUGUGACACUCGUGUUCACCCCGGCUGCACCGGAAAUCGCUCCAGCUCAGACGCAGGACUUUGCAGCCGAUCAGGACGAUGACGCGGAUGAGGAUGCUGGUGCUGACGAGGAUGCUGGUGCUGACGUGGGUGCUGGCGCGGAUUCUGACUCGGACUCAGACUCGGACAUGACUUCGACUGCUUCGGGCUCUUCUUCUAUGGCUGCGAUGGUGACUGCGACGGAUUCGGCCUCUUCAGCGAUGAUGACAACGGCGACGGCUACUUUCACUAAUGCAGACUCGGAUGCGAUUGCUACGACGUUCUCGGGAUCUGAUGGUUCAUGGACAGCUAUGUCUGCGACAUCUUCUGACUCGGCUUCUGCACCGACGGACUCAGCGACGACGUCGGCGGGCCAGGACGACAUGAUGGCUGCUACGACCUCUGGAUCUGCGUUUGCGUCUAUGACCUCGAUCCCGACGUCAAGCUCGGCCUCAAGUUCGAUUGCGACCGCAACUGCGUCGUCGACUGCUGGUGCUCUGGACGUCGAAGUGUUCAAUCCCGACGCGUCAUCAGCCCCGUCUGGGCCGAGCACUGUGCCUACAACUUCUGCAUCCGCACCCACCGCCACGUCGACGUCACCCUCGGACCCGGUCGCGCGUGACGUAAUCACUACCACCAUCACCACGACCAGCUGGGUGUCUUCCAGCACUGCGAGCGCGACCCCGGGUUCGGUGCCGUAUGAGUGGAUGUUCCGUGAGGGCGUCAUCGUUGGUGAGCACUGA